AUAGAGUGUUGUUGAAUACUACAGUUUUUUAACUAAUCCCCAAGGGAGCAAAAGGGAAAUGUUUGCCAAUUCUUCUGUUUUAAAACGUUCUUGAAUUUGACUUGCUGCCUUGUUGGCCUGUAAGAUUGGCACGACGAUAUGUCGAUGCAGUGGUUCGUCGACACGCAGCUCUCACAAUGGCAGCCGGUCUGGACCCGUUGGAGGAGAGGACGCACUGUAUAUAUAUACUUGCUACGUUAGGCUAGUGAUCAAUGUCGGAUCUCGCUAACACCGCUGCCACAUAUGUGAGCGCUGCUGUGUAUAUUUAAGUGUAUCCACGCACUAGAAUUAAACGAGUGUAGUAAACGCUGGAACACUGGUCAUUAGUGAAGGACGAUCAGGCGGAUUGGGAAGCACAUGGUUAACGCGUUUACCCUGAAAAUACAGGUUUGCUUGUGUUAAGUGUGGAAAAGUGUGCUCGGCGCGAGGCUAGGGCAGUUAUCAGUGAGUCAAGCCAUCUCACGAUACUGCAUUGAAAUACAUCAACCAAGUGGAACUGGGCAACAAGAUGCGUAGUGGCGAAUUCUUGUGAACAACGAGCGGUAGGGGUGUUGACGCCGUUUCUUCUAUAUUUCAUUCUGAUGGAGCCGGAUGUCGAAAGAAGAGACAGUUAAAUGCGGGAAUUGGUUUCAAAAGGUGAAUAUUACUUUUGGCCAGCUAAACAUGUUAGUUCUUGUGAAAACGGCACAGGGAUAUCCUAUAGCCUAUCCUGAGGCCAAGCUUCGAGUCGUUGGAAAAUCGAUCGAUACUUGGAGAGUCGGACGGCACAGUGUUAUGGCCGUUAGCAGCAGACGAUAAAUUUGGCGGUCGUCUGCUUGCAAAGGGGAGAAGGAACAGAGGGUUGAUGAUUUAGAGAUUGAAGAAAUUUUGGAAGGAAAAAUGCAGCCAUGGCGGUUGUUAGCAUGUUCAACCAGGCUCCGUAUCGCCGCGCACACAGCAGUAGAGAAAGACUGAAUGUUGAUAACGAUGGCGGGGACUUGUGGAUAAGCCAAAGUGGCGAGAGACAUAACAAUAAUCACAGUUUAGAAUAUAAAUUGAGAAGCAAAGGUGGAGCUUCCUCUCGAUGUGGGCCUCACUUGGCUUCGAAUCAUACCUGCAAUAUCAAAACUUGUGAUAGAAUCUCUAUCAAUGUCAGUGGACAGUACUUCGAAACUUGGCGAGGGACUUUGGAAAAACAUCCUUCGACUCUUCUCGGUGACCCUCGAAAAAGACAGAAGUUUUAUGACAAAAGAAGAAAUGAGUACUUCUUUGAUCGACAUAGACCAGCAUUUGAAGCCAUCUUUAAUUAUUAUCAGUACGGGGGUAGGCUGAACCGACCUGAACCGGUACCGGAUGAUAUUUUCCUCACGGAGUUGGAAUUCUUUGAGAUUGAGAAAGACAUGAUUGAUGAAUACCGGAGGGAAGAAGGCUAUAUGACGGAAAAGAUAGUCCUUCCAGAACGCGGGUGGCAACGGAAGAUAUGGAUGGUCAUGGAAUACCCGGAAACAUCCUGUAUAGCCUAUGCCGUGGCAAUAAUAUCCGUUGUUAUUACCCUUCUUUCAAUUGUGCUCUUCUGCGUGGAAACACUACCGGUAUUCUCUACCAACCAUUGCUCUGCCGAAGGUAACCCUAAUUUCUUGGAUCCAUUCUUUGUUCUCGAGUCCAUUUGUACUGCAUGGUUCACGGUGGAGGUCCUUAUUCGGAUCGUCGUGUGUCCAAAUAAACCUCAGUUCUUCAAAGACUUCAAGAACCUUGUUGAUUGUACCGCAAUCAUUCCCUAUUAUGUCACUCUUUCAAAUGUGCUCACCAGUAUGAGUUGCGAAGACGCCAAAUCCAGUUCCUCUCUAUCUUUCCUCCGCGUUAUACGGUUGGUAAGAGUUUUCAAGCUAACCAAACACUCCGCCGGUCUACAGGUGCUUAUUUUAACAUUCAGGGCGAGUUUACAAGGGUUGUGCCUGUUUCUUGUAGCGAUUGUGGUGUGUAUACUGCUCUUUUCAAGUGCUAUAUACUUCGCGGAGAUGGGUAUAGAAGGCUCCCAUAUUCACAGUAUUCCGGACGGGUUCUGGUGGGCUAUCAUUACUAUGACAACAGUCGGAUACGGAGACAAAUACCCACUGGGACCCGUGGGAAAAAUAAUAGGAUCGAUCUGUGCCCUCGCGGGAGUGUUGACUCUUGCCAUCCCCGUACCAAUAAUUACUGAGAAUUUCAACAAAUUUUAUGCACAUAAGACUGGAAGAGGUAGAGUAUAGUGCGCGCACCUUUCCCCCUUCUUCAACCUUCUGCGUUUUUUUAUUUGUUUAGAUAAUAACGUAGUGAUCUCAUCUUAGAGGAUAUACGGUUUUACUCUCGCUUUGGAGCCACGAGCCACUGAUAUUUGUAUCCUUGCUGUUGAGGAGAUACUUGGACUGCAUGACGAGGAGUGUACCUUUUUCUCUACAUUUUAAAAGUUGUUUUCCCUUUAUUGCCGCACCGUAUGUGUAUAUGCGGGAUUUGCGAGUGUCUUGAUCUAUUUAUUGUAGUUUCUUGGAAGAUUUACACGAUUCGAAAGUGUCUUAUAUACGGAGUAUUUGAGUCUAUGCAACACGUUAUUCAGGUGGGUAGUUUAUUGUUACGAUGUUGCCGUGCAGCAUCGCUCCUAUUGUUGAUAACUCUCGUGUUAACAUUUUCAAAUGAGAUUUUUCUUUGAACGUUGCAACCAACAUGAUGUGGUCACCAUGAUGGUCCUUCAAAGGCCCUACCGGUCUACCUAUCUGUCCAAAAUACUAUCUCUGUUGUUAUCUUAGAACUAAGAUAGUGUUUUGGACCAGGCUGCUCUCGCUCUGUUUUGACACCAACCUUUCUCUUCAUGUAACAACGAUAACCUGAAUAAUCCAACUGUCUGUAAGCACAUCACAAUGCAAAUACCAGCUGACGUUGCAUGUCCUCUGAAACUAGGCAUCUGUAUCUUACGAAACAGAUGACAUUAUAAUCUCCAAAUAUUGUUUCCUUGUAUCAUAAUGGCAAUGUAAUUACAAAUAUUUUGGGAUAUAUUUUGCACGCAUAAUUAUAUUUGAUCUUAAUUAGUUAAAAUUAUCAAACUAAAUUAAUACACAGUUUAGGACCUUUACUGCCCUUAAAAGAAUACAUGCUGUUAUUUGCAAUGUAUGUCAUCCAUUCUAGAACCUAUGGCCCAAUGAAUUCAUGGGAACCACAUCGUGUAGCGUGAUAGUCAUGCCGAUUUCAAUAUAGCAUGUGUGCCUAGCCUGUUCAUUUCAACACAUGUGAGGGUGUCGAUUUCAGCAUGAAACACAGGACCCUGUCACGUGACAUGUACAUGCAGUUUGAAUGGAGUCAACCAAUUACUGUAUAAACCUUUACAUCAUUGAUGUUGACUGCAACAUUUGGAUGUUGAUUGCAACGGUUGUGAUGUUGAUUGCAGCGUCUAGGGUGUUGAUUUCAACGUCUGCGAUGUUGAUUUCAACGUCUAGGGUGUUGAUUUCAACGUCUGCGAUGUUGAUUGCAGCGUCUAGGGUGUUGAUUUCAACGUCUGCGAUGUUGAUUGCAGCUUCUAGGAUGUUGAUUUCAACGUCUGCGAUGUUGAUUGAAGCAUCUAGGAUGUUGAUGUCAACGUCAAUGAUGUUGUUUGCAACGUCUGUGGUGUUGACUGCAACGUUUGUGAUGUUGAUUGCAACGACUAUAAUGUUUUCUGUGACAUACUUGAUCUUCCAGCUUUUACUGCACAGAUUAUGUGCAUGACAGAUUCAGCACAAUUUACUCUUUUUAUUACACGAGUCAAAUAAGAUUUGUGCCAAAGAGAAUGUCCAAGUCUUGUGGAUAGUUUGGCUGACGGAUUGAAAGAAACCUUUUUCUCAACCUUUAUGCAACCAAUUUAGUUGUUUUUCACCAUGUCACCAACCAACGGAAUAAAUUCAUUUUCAUGCCA